AUGGCACAAAAACAUAUUCUCAUGUCACUAGCUAUUUUUCUGUCACUCCUCUUAGAAUCCUCCUUGGCCAAACAUAACUCUCAAACAAUAACUUACAUAGAGUCCUCAUGCAACGGUACCCUCUACCCUAAUCUAUGCAUUCGUUGCCUUAACAAAUUUUCACAUUCAACCAUAAAUGGUCCUCAACACUUAGCCCAACUUGCCUUAUCCGUAAGCCUCUCUAGAGCCCUACAAACAAGAGUAUACCUUUCAAACGUAGCCAAGGAACUCAAAACAAUUGACCAUAACAACAAAAGGAUGUUCCUAACAGUGCAGGAUUGUGUGAAUCAAAUCAAUGAUAGUGUUGACCAACUAACCCAAGCCAUCAAAGAACUUAAAAAGUUGAACCAAUUUAACAGCAUCAUCAAUGAUAAAGUGUUGUGGCACAUAAGUAAUGUUGAGACAUGGGUUAGCACUGCCUUAACAGAUGCUAGUAGUUGUGUACAAUCAUUUCCUGGUCAUAGAAUGAGUAAAAGCGUUGCAACAAUUAAGGUUAAGGCAAAGAAUGUUGCAGAAGUUACUAGUAAUGCACUUGCUUUGUUUCAUAGUUAUGCUUCUAGGUACAAACUUGCAGCAGCUGGAACAACCAAGAAGCCUUGA